GUCUGGAGAUUUUUGCUCCAAUGGACGUAAGGCAUUAGUAAUAGUCGCUGCAUUCAGUUGUUGCUGUGCGGUCAGAACAGUGUAGCAUGUUCACCGGCAUCUCAACAUCAGAAACACCGGUCACGCUCUGUGUAGGAGACACUUUAGUCAACGACUUGUUUUAUUUUUAACUUCCUCUUUUUGAAAUAUGAGUCAACGUAAUGCGGUAUUGAAGGUGUCCAGUUAGACAGUAUUCGGUCCAUAGGGAGGAGAAAAACAGUCCUCGAGCGAGCAUGGAGUUGUCGGACGGCUUACUGCUCCAGGUCAACAAUGGCGAGCAGUGGUGCAACCAAUGGAAGCGGCCUAACGACGAUUCUGACCGUAGCACCAGUCCUUCCGUCCUGCGCUGUGUGGCCACCACGUGGAAGGAGGGUCUACUGAACAGGAAGAGGCCAUUCGUAGGCCGCUGCUGCCAUUCAUGCACGCCACAGAGCUGGGAGAAGUUGUUCAAUCCCAGUAUUCCUUCACUGGGGUUACGUAACGUCAUCUACAUCAAUGAGACACACACCAGGCAGCGUGGCUGGUUGGCCCGGCAACUGAGCUACGUACUCUUCGUCAUGGAGCGGGACGUACACAAAGACAUGUUCCCCCGGAAUGUGGUGGACAACGUACUCAACAGCAACAGUGUGGAGAGUGCCAUAUUGAGCGUGGCGUCUGAUGACAUUACUUGCGAGCACAGCAAGUCUGUCAGGAAAGUCAAGCAGAAAGCACGACGUUUCCUCCAGCAGAUGGUGGCCAGCGUUUCGCCGGCUUUCAUCAGGCUUACAGGCUGGGUUCUCCUGCGGCUCUUCAACGGUUUCUUCUGGAGCAUUCAAAUCCACAAGGGCCAGCUGGAAAUGGUCAAGAAAGCAGCAGUCGAGCACAACGCUCCCAUGGUCUUCCUGCCCGUCCACAAGUCGCACAUCGACUACCUUCUCAUCACGUUGAUCCUCUUCUGUCACAACAUCAAAGCGCCGCACAUCGCCGCCGGCAACAACCUCAGCAUUCCCAUCCUCAGCACCCUGAUCCGGAAACUGGGAGGAUUCUUCAUUCGGCGGAAAAUGGAGGAGACCGGUGAUGGAAAGAAAGAUGUUUUGUACAGAUCGCUCUUGUACGCUUACACAGAGGAGCUUUUGCGUCAGCAGCAGUUCUUGGAAGUCUACCUGGAGGGCACACGCUCCCGCAGCGGCAAACCGUCCACGGCGCGCGCCGGCAUGCUGUCCAUCGUGGUGGACGCCCUGGCAACCGGCUCUGUCGGCGACGUGCUAGUGGUACCGGUGGGCAUCUCGUACGACCGCAUCAUCGAGGGAAACUACAACAGCGAGCAGCUGGGUAAACCCAAGAAGAACGAGAGCUUGUGGGGGAUCGCGUGCGGCGUUUUCAGGAUGCUGAGGAAGAACUACGGAUGUGUUCGCGUGGACUUCAACCAACCGUUUUCCUUGAAGGAGUACCUGGACAGCCAGAGAAGCCGUCAUAUUCCGCCGCCGUUGUCUCUUGAGCACGCAUUGAUGCCCACCAUCAUAGAUGCUCAGCCCGACGCUCAGCCGUUCGACCGUCAGGACGAGGGCCAGCAGAACAGAGAGCUUCCCGAAGAUCUAUGUCGACGGCAGUUGAUUAACAACCUCGCCAAGCACGUUCUUUUCACUGCUAACAAGUCGUCCGCCAUCAUGUCCACACACAUCGUGGCGUGUUUGCUGCUCUACCGACACAGACAGGGCGUGGCGCUGUCCAAGCUGGUGGAGGACUUCUUCAACAUGAAGGAGGAGGUCCUGUCGCGCGAUUUCGACCUGGGCUUCUCGGGUAAUUCGGAGGACGUGGUGAUGCGCGCGCUGCACCUGUUGGAGAACUGCAUCGCAGUCACUGGCGGCGCCAACCGCAAUGGCGAGUUCACCAUCGCGCCCAGCCAAACGGUGCCGGCGCUCUUCGAGCUCAACUUUUAUAGCAACGGACUCUUUCAUGUCUUCAUCGCUGAUGCCAUUGUCGCCUGCAGCAUCCUGUCCUUGCAGCGUGAGCAGACGGCCGAGUCUGAGUCGGCACCACAAGACCUUAGCGCCCUCUCUAUCGGUUUCCCUCUCAGUCAAGAGAAGCUUAUCCGCAAAGCGGCCGGUCUCUCGCACUUCCUGGUCAACGAGGUGGCCGUGGCCUCGCCCUGUCAGACCGUAUACCAGGUGUUCCACGAAGCUGUAACCCGUCUGAUUCAAUAUGGCGUCCUCUAUGUAGCGGAGGAGGACCAGGAGGAGUUGAGCCCAAGUCCUACGGAAGAACCUUGGCCCAAAAAGUUCCCCGAGCCGCUCUCCUGGAGGAGCGACGAGGAGGAUGAAGACAGCGACUUUGGAGAGGAGCAGCGAGAUCGCUACUUGAAGGUUAGCCUGUCGGAGGAGCACCAGGAGUUCUUCGUGUUCCUGCAGAGGCUCCUGAGCCCCGUGCUGGAGGCCUAUAGCGGCGCCGCCAUCUUUGUGCACAGCUUGAGUCAGCCCAUGGCCGAGCCAGAGUACACGCAGCGGCUCUUUAGAUACCUGCUGACACGCACCGAGAGGGGGAUCGCUGCUUACGGUGAAAGUGCAACUCAUUACCUGGUGAAGAACACAGUGAGGACAUUCAAAGAUCUUGGGGUCCUCAAGGAGCGACGAGAAAACCACGUGAACACACUGCAGCUGAGUGCCACCUUUCUACCUCAGGCCAACCGCAACAAACUGCUGCAGUACAUUUUAGGCUUCACCCUGCUGUGAACCCCGAAAACUCUGUUGCUUCAGGCUCCCUUUCUAAUUUAAGGGCUUCUUACUGGUUACUUUGAAAACACGAAUCCAGGUGCUACCAGGAAGUGCCUUCUCGUAAACAAAAAGGCCCUCGUUUCACCGUAGCGGUACAUAUCCAUAGCUUCGUAAUAUAUUGGGAUUUACCAUAAGUGUAUGGUAUUAUCAUGGCACUGUACUAAAAAGCCUUUGGCUGGCAUUGAUGGAUAUAGACGUCCAAUCCAUUUGGACUGGGAGGGUUAGCAGCGAUCAGAUUGGAUGUCUAUCGCUGUCAAUGGCAGAAAAGUUGAGAUUGCUGAAGAGUUGUGCACUCUUACAUAAACAUGAUUGUCGUAUAGCAGCUAGACAAAUAACGUUUGAUUCUUUUUUGUUGCCGUUUUUUAGACAUACGUCCACAAAAUGGGUAAGAAAAAAAAAAGAGAAUUUUCCAGGUUUGAAAUGCGACGGGAAAAAAAAGAAAAGUGCUGUAAAACAAAAGUUGCGUGGAAGGUUCUAGUAAGUAGACUGGAGAAAAUUCAAAUGCUUCUUUGGAAGCAUUGAUGGUUAUUUAUUUCAUUUAAACCUGCAUGUAUUAAUGCAGAUUUUCAAAAUCUGUGACUGAAACUGAUGAAAAAGCAGGGCAGCAUGUCAAAAGGAGAAAAAAGGUAUGUGAAUGAAUUGGAAUGAGGCUGACAUUUUGUGAAUUUCGAUGCCUCUCGUGUACCGUAGUGCAUGUUUGCUCUCAUCGACACUUUACUGUAGAUUUUACGUUGUAUUUAAUGGUCCCCCAGUGUGUGAAUUGUGUCGAGGAGGCGGCCCGCUGAAUGUAUCGUGUUGAUGUGUUGGUGGAAUUCCUGUGGACUAAAGAAUCGGGUCGCCUGGACGUGACAUGAAGUGGAAACGGUAGAAAAUCUAAUUCGCAAAGCGACUGAACAAAUGUAUACAUCACUGUGUAGGGUUAAAAAUGCCUGUAUCAUGUGAGCAGGUGCCUUUUUUUUAAUACACUGUCUCGGUCUUUAAUUGUAUUUUUAUGCAUGUUAACAACUCAGAAUCAUGAAGAAAAACACUGUAUAAUAUAAUAAGACAUGAACAUGAGAAAAUCACCAGCCACUAAUGUCCUUUAUUUCCUUUUAUGUCCAGUUUUUGCUUUCUCAGAGCAAAGCACAAUUGUAAUUAGGUUUGUAAAUAAAUGAGAAUACAUGUUUGGUUUGUUUUUAGUGCAAGGAAGGAAGGAAGGAUGGUGUGUUUUGUGAUUUCAUUUUAACGUGGGUUUUU